ACUUGCUAUGUUGUUAGUCAUUCAGUUGUGAAAGGAAGAGCCACCCGGAAAGUAAACGACCUUUUAUUACUGGAACUUCGCAGUUCGCACCAUGCGAAUUUGAAGUCGAAGAAUUGCCAAUGGACUACGAGUCAGAGUUGGAGAGCUUGCUCACGGACCUACACAGGAUGGAAAAAUCGACGGCAAUACUGAAAAUGUCCAGGAUACCUGGCCUGUCACAUCCUAUUUCUGCCGAAGAAUGCAUGGAAAGGCUACAUUCUUUGUCCCAGCAGCAUCGUGACGAUACAUCUGUUUGGUGGGACGAAAAAGUCAUAGAAAACAUCGACAGACUAGCAGAGCUUCUGUGCAUGGUGUCACAAUCAUUUGUCAGUGAAGAUUUGAGUGAAGAGCAAUACGAUGCUCUGUGCUUACUAAGCAGUCAGCGUACGGUCCUUGAAUGUUCAAAGAAUCCUGACUGUGACCACCACAGUCUCAUGCUCGUUUUAAAAAAGGGCCUUAAAAAGCUACUGGGAGAAAAACCCUCUAUUUCGGGUGUCCCUCUACUUGACCGGCUGUUCCGGGUGUACUUAUUAGAGAAUUCUCUACUAACCCUCUCCGUGCUUAUAACGCCACAAUGCAAAGCAGAGCUGUGUAAUCUUGCGUUGGGGAACAGAGUUUUACACUGGCACAAUAUUAUGAUCCUCUUGCAUCAUUUCCGGACCAAAAUUUCAGGCGAGCUCAGAACAGAGAUGUGUCACAACAUUAUACAUCGUCUCGCGGCCGCUGUGAUUGAGAUGGCGAAUUACUCGAAAAUGACACACAGAAUAGCCAUAGUUUUGGGCGAGAUGACUAAUGUCGAGUGUAGAGAAAGAAGAUGUUUGCAAAUACGAACGCUUCGAGAUCUUUUCUUGAUCAACAGGACAGGGGAUGCCUGUCCAAUAUGUCAGGAUGUGGUGCUGGAUGAGGACAGCGAUUAUGCUUUCUUGCCGAACUGUGACCACAUCUUCUGCAAGCCAUGUAUCCGGACCUGGAUGAAGGACCAGUAA